AUGAUUAAAGAAUUAAUUCAAAAUCAUUUCACAUCUGUAUCUCAUUUAACUAUACAAAUUGAAAAAGAAGAAUAUGAAUAUCAUACUCAAGCUAUGGGUUUACAUUUAUCUGUUAUUGGACAUUAUCCUAAAUCAUUUAUCAAUUCGAAUGUUUUAAUGAAUGGAUUAACACAUCAUCAUCACCAUGAUAAUACCAAUCAUUGUGGUAAAUAUAACUGUUCAUCUGAACGCAUGAAUUUAUUAUCUGUUAAAGAUAUUUAA